UUCAAGAGUUAGUUAUACAAACGUUUCGAAGAAACACUUGUGAAACGUUCCUAAAACGAAUGUGUCCUAUCUGGAAAGCUACGUGAAAACAACGUAUUACGUGGGAAAUAUUUUGUGUCGAUUCAGUGAUUUUCAUAAACGAGAUGGCACCCAAUACGAGUCCUGAAAUGCAUGUGGAGGAAAAUUUUUGCGGAGGAAAAGAGGAAUUUUCAACAAUCACCACAGAUGAUGAAAAUGAUAUUCAAACCCGAGACGAAACACGUAAAAAGUUUGAAGAAUUGUUUAAAUUCAAGACGGAAGUGAAGUGGUUGAAUGUCAUAUCCAUUACUCUUCUUCAUAUGAUCAUGUUAUAUGCCUGUUUCACUGUUGAAUGGUACAAAGAUCUUAGGACGAACAUUUGGAUGUUUAUUGUGAGUGUGAUAGGAGCGAUCGGCGUUACUGCCGGUGCUCAUCGUUUUUGGACUCAUCGAGCUUACAAAGCAAAAUGGCCGCUUAGAAUUAUACUUUUGAUUUUCUAUGCUACCGCUGGCCAGAAUAAUCUUUAUGACUGGAUUCGAGAUCAUAGAGUACAUCAUAAAUACACGGAUACGAAUGCGGAUCCGCAUAAUAGCAACAGGGGAUUUUUCUUCUCUCACGUUGGCUGGUUGAUGUUGAAGAAACAUCCAGAUGUGAUUCGAAAGGGUCGUCAAAUCAGUAUGAGAGAUAUAAUGGCAGAUCCUGUCGUUGUGUUUGGUUGCAAAUAUUUCUCGAUAAUAAAAUUCAUCUUUGCCUUUCUACUGCCGAUAAUGGUGCCUGUUUAUGGAUGGAAUGAAACCUGGUCCAGAGCCUGCAAAUCACAGAUUAUACGUUAUGUUUUAAGUUUAAAUGGUACAUGGAGUGUCAACAGUGUGGCUCACAUUUGGGGUUCAAAACCAUAUGAUGCGUCCAUAAAUCCGACGGAAAACAAAUACGUUGCCCUUAUAGCGCUCGGUGAAGGCUGGCACAAUUAUCAUCACGUGUUUCCAUGGGAUUAUAAGGCGGCCGAAUUAAACAAUUACAUUUUCAAUUUUACUACAAUGUUUAUCGAUUUCUUCGCGAAAAUUGGUUGGGCAUAUGAUCUCAAGCAACCAUCCGAAGAGCUCGUAAAAAACGUUGUAAUGAAGAAAGGUAACAGGAAUCUGCGACAAAGUGUAUCACAUCCAGACAGUAAAAUUGAUUAACAAAGAUAAAUAUUUCCUUUUUUUUUCGAAAUCCAACAACAGAUCAUUCGAUUAAAAUAAUGUGAGCAUUUAUCUUCAACAGAUUCAUCAGAUUAUCAGGUUUAAAAAUAUUAAUAAUUGUAUCAAACUUAACUCUUUAUAGAACACCAUUACAGUGAUAUACAAUG